CCCUUAAAGGGAUUGCCGGAAGCUGCUGUUGUUGACGAUCGGACAUUUUUGGAGGAUCGUGAGCUUGGAUUUUUAUUUUAAAUACAUUUAAAUACACUGUGUAUUUGUGGCAAAGUCAUCGCACAUUCUAAAACAAAUCUUUCAUUGUUGCCGAGCCCAAAGCUGGGCUAGCGUACGUUAGCCUAGCAUCAACUAUCUUACUGCUAGUUAGCUUUAGCUUGUGUCAGUCAGCUAACUCACCAGCCAACUCAAACCCAGCGGAAUUUUCUCUCAAACAACGCACAAAGAUCUUGAACCAUGGCUGUGGUCAACGAGGGAGCCCUGAAGAAAAUGCUUAAGCAAUAUAAAUACAGAGACUUGACUGUUCGUGAGAUUACUAAUGUCAUCUCCAACUACAAAGACCUAAAGCCAGUCAUGGAUGCAUAUGUGUUUAAUGAUGGUUCUUCAAGAGAUUUGAUGAGUUUGACAGGUACUGUUCCAGUAAGCUACAGAGGUAAUGUCUACAACAUCCCAGUAUGUUUGUGGUUGCUGGACACAUAUCCCUACAAUCCGCCCAUUUGCUUUGUCAAACCUACAAGUGCAAUGAUGAUCAAAACUGGAAAACAUAUUGAUGCCAAUGGCAAGAUCUAUUUGCCUUAUCUUCAUGAAUGGAAACAUCCUCAGUCAGACCUCUAUGGGCUGAUCCAGGUGAUGAUUGUGGUGUUUGGAGAAGAACCCCCAGUGUUUUCACGUCCCACCACACAGGCUCCAUACCAGGCCUUUCAAGCGGCUGGACCUCCUAACCCUUCUUACAUGCCUGGAAUGCCUGCUGUCUCUCCUUAUGGCCCAAAUCCCAACCCAGGAGGCUAUCCAGGCUAUCAGUAUCCAGGAGGAAACUCAUACCCCGCCUCAACUGGCCAAGGACAUUACCCGACUCAGACCCCAGUCUCAACUGUUGGACCAAACAGAGAUGGCACCAUUGGGGAGGACACCAUUCGUGCAUCUCUGAUCUCUGCUGUCAGUGACAAGCUUCGCUGGAGGAUGAAGGAGGAAAUGGACAGAGCCCAAGCAGAAUUAGAUGCUUUGAAGAGAACAGAGGAGGAUCUAAAGAAGGGCCAUCAAAAACUUGAAGAAAUGGUCUCAAGACUUGACCAGGAAGUGGCUGAAGUGGACAGAAACAUUGAGCUGCUGAAGAGAAAGGACGAGGAGCUGACAGAGGCCUUGGAGAAGAUGGAGAAUCAGUCAGAAAACAAUGACAUUGAUGACGUCAUUGUCCCCACUGCCCCACUGUACAAACAGAUCCUUAACCUCUACGCUGAAGAAAACGCCAUUGAAGACACAAUUUUCUACCUGGGCGAGGCUCUGCGCAGGGGUGUCAUAGACCUGGAGGUUUUCCUCAAGCAUGUUCGACUUCUUUCCAGAAAGCAGUUCCAGCUCCGUGCUCUCAUGCAGAAAGCGAGAAAGACAGCUGGCCUCAGUGAUCUCUACUGACCCCUGCUUUUUCUCUUGUCCUUCUCUAUAUUCGGGAAUUUUCUAUGCUUCAACCAUCACGAUUUAAUUUGUCCCUUUUAUAAAACCUAGCUGUCAAAGUAGAUGUUUCAUAGUACAAUCUGUUUUUUGGCCGUUUGACUUUUCUUUGGUCCUGUGCAGGUAGAAUCAUGGUGUUUGAUCCCAAAGCAAAA